AAUGAAAAAGAAUCCGAUAAUUCGGAAGAAAUAAAUACAAUUGACAAAGAAAAUGAAUUAGUUCAUAACAACAUUAUUCCAUUGGCUGAAAUAAUACAAACAAGAAUAACAGACAAUAUAAACAUUCACAGAACGGGAGAUAAUGGGCAACAAUUAACCGAAAGUCAUAAUGAUCAUAUUGUCAAUUCGUCAAACAGUAUUUCUGCAUCGGAUGCAGUUGAGCAAACAACAUUAAGGAGCGAUGAUCACAUUUACCAUUCGACGGAGAGUGCUUCUGUAUCUGGUAUUGUUGGCCAAGAAGCACCAUCAAACGAUGAGAAGAUUGUCGAUUUGUCAGGGGGUGAUACUGCAUCUGGUUCAGUUGAACAAACAACAUUAACGAGCGAUGAUCACAUUUACCAUUCGACGGAGAGUGCUUCUGCAUCUGGUGUUGUUGAGGGAAAACCACCUUCAAACGAUGAGAAGGUCGUCGAUUUGUCAGGGGGUGAUACUGCAUCUGGUUCAGUUGAGCAAACAACAUUAACGAGCGAUGAUCACAUUUUCCAUUCGACGGAGAGUGCUUCUGCAUCUGGUGUUGUUGAGGGAAAACCACCUUCAAACGAUGAGAAGGUCGUCGAUUUAUCAGGGAGUGAUUCUGCAUCUGAUGUUGUUGAUCAAAAACCGCCAUCAAACGAUGAGAAGAUUGUUGAUUUGUCAGGGGGUGAUUCUGCAUCUGGUUCAGUUGAGCAAACAACAUCAACAAACGAUGAUCACAUUUUGCACUCAUGGGAGAAUAUAUCUGCAUCUGGUGCUUUCUGGCUAUCUGUUUAUUCUGAUGAUAAAUCUUUGUCGUAUUCUGGACAAGUUAUACCAAACCUUCAAUUUGUUUCGUCUUCUACUAAUGCUUCUUUUUCUGACUAUCUAUUGAAAAAUUAUUCAACUCAUUAUAUCUACUACCUUUGCUUUAUUCCUUUCAUCGUAAUUUGUGUGAUUUUAAGUGUCCUAAUUAUCUUUUGUUUGAUUAAAAGAAGAUGA